AUGCAAAAUGACGGUAGCAAAUUUGUCCAGAAAUGCCACAAGUGGCAGAUUCAUGGAGACUUGAUAAAGGACCCUCCAGCAGAACAAAAUGCUAUGACGUCACCUUGGUCAUUCGCCGCUUGGGGCAUGGAUGUCAUAGGACCGAUUGAGCCAACUGCGUCAAAUAAAUAUCGUUUCAUUUUGGUCGCCAUAGACUACUUCACCAAGUGGGUGGAAGCAGCAUCUUAUUCAUCGGUGACAAAGAAAGUGGUCACAGACUUUGUACGCAACAACAUCAUAUGCCGAUUUGGCAUCCCCGAAUCAAUCAUAAUAGACAAUGGGGCUAACCUGAAUAGCCACUUGAUGAAAGACAUUUGCCUUCUGCAUUCUUAUCAUUGGAUACCGCACUACUUCGGGACUUCCACUAGAGCCACCCCUUACCUAUUGGUGUAUGGCUUGAAAGCGAUAAUACCAGCCGAAGUAGAAAUCCCUUCACUUCGAAUAAUACAAGAAGCUGAGUUGGACGAUGCAGAAUGGAUCCGUAAAAGGUAUGAGCAACUGGCUCUGAUAAAUGAAAAAAUGAUGAUUGCUUUUUGCCAUGGUCGACGAUACCAGCAAAGAAUGGCGCGUGCUUUUAAAAAACAUGUGAGAACUAGGGUGUUUCAAAUCGGGCAAUUGGUACUCAAACGAAUAUUCCCUAAUCAAGAAGAAUACAAAGGAAAGUUCGCACCAAACUGGCAAGAGCCCUAUAUGGUGCAAAAAGUUCUAUCAGGAGAAGCCGUAGUACUUGCUAAAAUGGAUGGUCAAGAGUGGCCAAAAGCGAUAAAUUCAGAUGCCUUCAAAAGAUACUACGUGUGA